GGGUUUCACCAUAGAGAACGAGCCGAGUCCAGAGCGACCCCGGAAAGAGGAAAAGGCGGUCUUCCAGCACCGCCGCCGGAAGUCCAAGCUGCGAGCGAGUCAUUCCGGCCCUACUCUAUCGCCUUGCCGCGGCUGUCCCGUGAGCUUUCGCUCUCCGGCUCUUGCGGGGCCUUGAGCAGAGUCCUCCCGGCAGGCUUUGCGGCGCGCGGCCCGGCAGGCACAGCGAUGGCGGCAGCGGCCGGACUUGCUGCCCCUUCGGGUCCAGGGAGCCCGGUGGGCCCCGCGGCCAGAGACCUCUUCGCCGAAGGGCUCCUCGAGUUCCUGCGCCCGGCUGUGCGGCAGCUGGACACGCACGUCCAUGCGGUCAGGGAGAGUCAAGUGGAGCUGCGAGAACAUAUUGACAGUCUUGCCACAGAGCUCUGCCGGAUCAACGAGGACCAAAAAGUAGCUCUGGACCUGGACCCUUACGUCAAGAAAUUGCUCAACGCCCGCCGGAGAGUUGUCCUGGUUAACAAUAUCUUGCAGAACGCCCAGGAACGCCUGAGGAGGCUCAACCACAGCGUGGCCAAGGAGACUGCCCGCAGGAAGGCGAUGCUCGAAGCGACUGGAAGCUACCCGCAGGGUUCGCCCAGCAAGUGAGGACCAAACAUGGGCACUGCUUCUAACUAACGGCGAGGCGCCGGUUGCUGUCUUGGGGACCGUGGCUUCUUACUCACAGGUGCUAACCAAGUUGAGAGCAGACCGGAGCAGGUGAAGUUGGGGUUUCACAUGGAGGUGACACCGGGCCAAGAAUCCACACACACAUGCACUGACAAAACGGGUUCACUCCGAGCCCCAAUCCUCUCGCAUGUUGGAGAGGCAGCGUUAGUAGCACUUUUUCACAAGCUGCACGACAGUAUCGAGUGGUGCAAUUAAGGCUUUGGACUGCCUCAAGAGAAGUGCUUGAUGCUUGCGCAAUAAUAAAUUACUGCUAAACCCUG